AUGCGCACAUCCCAGCGCCAGCCCAAGUCCUGCCUGGAAUGCACUAGAAGGAAGAUCCGAUGUGACAAGGGGACGCCGUGUGCCCGCUGUGUCCGGCUUGGCAAGCAGUGCGCUCGCGAGCUGGUCCAGACGACGCGGGCCGUCCGGGACCACCAAGACGAGAUUGUCUUCCUCGAGGGCCUGGCCGCGGCGCUGGCCGAAGUGGACGGCACCGAAGCCAUCAGAGCCACUGUCCGUGGCCGCAUUGGCGAGCUCGCUGGCCACAACGCCGCCGCCAUCACCACUUCCAGCCAGGUUGCUCUGACGGCAUCCGUGUCAGACAGGGACGAGAACGGCGCCCUUCCAGGCUCGAGCUCGAGCCCGACGGGUACGGUGAGCCCAUCGGCCGGGACGGGCGGCCAGACCGGGGCGGCACUGCACACGGUCGAGUUCAUGGCCUGGGGCCGCCAUCGCGGCGCCUGCUUCCCCCACCGGUCUGGGUGCGACUGCAGGAUGCUGCGGCCCUACGCCGAGAUUGCGUCCAUCAACACCGACCUCGAGUGGACAGGGCUCCGGAGGACCAUCUUCCUGCUCGACCCGGACCUGCAGCUGGAUCCCGACCACGCCAGGGCUCUGGUCCGCCUGCACUUCGAUCAUGUCCUGUGGCACCACAACGCCUUCCACGCUCCGACCUUCCUCGCCCAGUGUGAAGAGUUCUGGGAGCAUGGCACCGUUGUCCAUCCCCUGUGGAUGGCCCUGUAUUUCUCGGUCCUGUCGGUAACCCUCUGGACUGUGCUCAACAGCGAGUUGCCCGAGACGGAAUACUUGUGUGACGAGCCGGCCAUUCGCCGCUACUUGCAUGCCAUGCUCCAGACCCUCUACCAGGAGAACUUCCUGGAGAACCAGUCGUUGUUCUCCAUACAGGCAAUUGCAAUUUCCACACGCGUGGCGCACAAUCUUGGCCUCAGUGACCUGAACGCCGCCCUUGUUGGUGCUGCUGUGCGCAUAGCACACUUGCUGGGCCUGCACCAGAUACAGCCAGCUCUGGACCGGCACACAAUCGAGACGGCUUCCGACUGGUUCAGUAUCACCGAAGAGCAGGUGGGCUGUCGUACCUGGCUGCAGCUGACUAUCCAGGACCAUUUCCAGGUCUUCUUUACCGAGACUUAUCUGAUUCAUCCGUGGCAUUUCAAGACCCCAAUGCCACUGAACUGCAACGACGAGGACAUGAUUGAACUCGACAAUGAGACGCCCACAAUCAACUCCUAUAUUCGCACUCUUGGCGGCAUCUCGAGGAUGAUUCCAUCACUGCUCGACGCUCUUGGCCCCAUGAACAACAGGCGACCAUUGGACCAGGUAUAUCGGGACAUUCUGACGUCAGACCAGGCCUUCAGGGACUUUGUCAAGACCAUACCAUCGUUUCUCCUGAAAGAUGCGCGUGAGCAAGGAGUUGUGCCCCCUUGGCAGCAAGUCGCCAAGGCGAGCCUGGCCAUCACCUCCGCUGACAAGAUCAUCAUGAUCCAUCGCCCUAUACUCUUCCACUCGUUCCAAAACCCAGCGUUUGCUUGGACGCGUGCGACCUGCGUUGCCGCGGCAUUAACUAUUCUGCACCAGCAAGAGGAGACCAGCAGCCGGGCGUUGAUUUCAAUGUGGACCCAUUCCGCCUUUUGCAUAACCGCUGCCGUUGUCAUAGGCCUGGAGCUCCUACACCACACCAGCCACACCGGCACUGAAGCGCAACGACUGCGAGUCACGCUUGCCAAAGCAGCUGGCCGGCUCCGCCGGAGGCGGUGCGACGUCAUUGCUGAGCGGGGCGCGGCGCUGAUUGACACCAUGCUCGCCAUCGAGGAGGAGCUCGUCAUCAACAUGAUGCGCGCAAGCUCUCAGGGCGUCAUUGCCGACGAGACCCGGCACGCAAUGAUCAACCAGAUGAUUGAGAACAACCAGAUACUGGCCCGGCUCCUGGCCCUGGCUCCGGGAGACCUCACCAAGGAGACACAAGACUGGCCGGCUAUUCAAGUGGACCCGAAUGCGCAUGCGGCGGCCUUUUCAUUCACAGGCAGCGAAGGGGCGGAGAUCGACUCUUGGUUCAGUCAGGUUUUCUCCAUCGACCAUGACCUAUUCUAG